AUGCGGUUGACUUCCCCAUAUUUCCCGUCACCACCUGGUCCGCUAAGCUAUCCUCCAGCUCUAUCUCUUGGCGACCACAGUACUCUUGCUGGCUCUUGCCACCACUUUGACAACAUGAACCACACAAGGAGCUUCGCAUCCUGUGCCCAGGUUCUCCGCCAGGUUUUUAUCGCACCCACUCGCACCUCCAGAGUUGGCAUCCUUCCUCUCAAAUCGCUUCGAAACGACGUUCAAUUCCGCUCCUUCCAGCAGUCCCAUCGCCUGCAGCUCAAAGAGUAUCGGCCGCCUAUCGUACAGGCCCCCAGAAAUGAAGCUAUUGGGGCUCCAUUCAUCCACAUCGUUAAUGAAGAAGGCUCUCUCGGUCCCAAGAUUCCCUUGUUGGAUGCCCUGGACACCUUUGACCGAAAUGAAUCUUUCCUCGUGCAAGUGCGAGCAGCAACCGAAGAUAUGCCACCUAUCUGUAAAAUCCACAAUAAGAAGGAGCAUCAGAAAGCGCAAAAGCUCUUUGAAAAGGCAGCCCGUGCAAACAAGAGUUCCACCAAGCAAGUGGAACUGAACUGGGCCAUUGAUGCGCAUGAUCUUUCGCAUCGCCUUAAACAGCUCCAGAAAUUCUUGGAAAAGGAUCAUAAGGUGGAGAUUGUCCUUACCACCAAGAGACGCAAGCGCAACCCCACCGUGCCAGAGAUCAAGCACGUCGUCCAGAGUGUGCUCGACACAAUCCAAGCAGCUGGGGCCCGGCAGACUAAGGAGCCAGAAGGGGAACUGGGGAAACAAUUGAAAUUCGUUGCCAAGAGGACGAAGCAGGUUCCAGGCCAGCAGAAGACCGGCGAGCAGGCCAAGACUGACAUUGACGCGAAGGCAGAGGAAAACACGGAGGCCAAGCAGGAAGGGGAGAACUAA